AUGCAUUCGCUGGUUACACCAAACGCUUGGGUGGUCCUUCGACUUCCCUCCGACUCUUUCAAACUCCUUCAAAUAGUGCCGAAUACCAUUGUAUCGUUAGGCAAAUAUGGCACAUUCUCAAGUAAUCUCAUUAUCGAGCGACCAUAUAAUCUUACGUACGAACUGCUAGACCGUCGGGCGGGGCAGAAGGACUCAGAUCUGCGAAUUGUCCCCGCCUCAGAAAUACACGCCGACACCAUCGCCGAAGAAGAUGCCGCCUCAAAUCCCAAAGAGGCGGAAGACAAAGUCGUGAUAGGUGGAGAUGGAGUUGAGUUCGAGCUCCUUGCCGAGAAUGGAGAAGUCAUUAUACGAUCCAACCGUGAAACAAUCGAUGAUUCAGCGCGGCAGACUCUUACCAUGGAAGAGAUCGAAGUCCUAAAACGAGAAGGAACAGGUGCAGGAAAAGACUUGAUAGCGAAACUCAUGUUAUCGCAUACAGGCAUUGACCAGAAGACUACAUUUUCGCUGGCAAAGUACAAGUUGCUCAAAACAAAGAAGUAUUUAAAACGGUUUACUGUCUUGCCACUGGAUGUACCCUUAUUAACGCACUGGAUGAUGACGGAGAAGGAUGCGAACAAAAUCUUGGAAAUGAGGAACGAGGCGGUAUCCUUGAUUGGAAGUUGGUCGAAUGUGCAUUUCUCAGAAUCUCUCCCAGACACAGAAGGCGGACGAUGGCUAGUCGUAGACGAGACAGGUGGUUUAUUAGUAGCAGCCAUGGCCGAACGAAUGGGCAUAUUACACCCAAGCUCAGAUUUCAACUGGGAAGGUAAACCAGAAGGACCCCACAGAGAAGAAGCCCCGCCCGCAACAUCAAACACCAUAACGCUCGUCCACAACAACGCACAACCCAACCUCAGUCUCCUAAAAUACUUCCUCUACGACCCAACCACAACCUCCCCGCCUUGUCCCACCCAUCCCUUAAACAACCACCUCCACGCCCUCUCUUGGCUCCAACUCCUCAAACCAUCUGAAGACACCACAUACAGCAGCCAAAUCGAGACACUUUCCCCCGAAGAACUCUCCCAGAUGAAAUCCGCCAAACGCGGAACCUACUACCGCAAACUCCGCCGCUGGACAAGAACCACCCAUAUAGUCAACUCAACACUAAACGGCGGCUUCGACGGCCUUGCAGUAGCAUCCUCAAUGGACCCCUCCUCCAUCCUCCGCCACAUGCUCCCCCUUCUCCGCGGCGGCGCAAGUAUAGCCAUCUACUCCCCCACCAUCGAACCCCUCGUCACCCUCGCCGACAUGUACUCCACAUCCCGACGCACAGCAUUCAUCCAAGCACCACCAGCGUCCUUCGCUGAGCUAGAUGACGAAGAUAGGGGGGUUGAAUGGCAGGGCGAUGAGGACUUUCCGCUUAAUCCGACGUUGGUGCUCAAUGCUAGUGUGCAAAGCGCUAGGAUCAGGGAGUGGCAGGUUUUACCGGGACGCACGCAUCCUAUGAUGACGGGGAAAGGGGGCGCGGAGGGCUAUCUUUUCACGGGGUUUAGGGUUCUCCCGGCGAAGGGUAGAGUGGAGGCUAGGGGGAAGUUUGGGAGGAAGAAGAGGGGGGAUGAUAAGGUGGGAGCGGUUGUGAAGGGAGAGAUGGUUGGUGAGGAAGGGGUGAAGACAUCUAAUACAGAAAUGGCGCAGGAUACUACGGAAGUGAAAAGCGAAGACUUAGAGAUGGCGGGAUUAUAG